ACAGAUUUACAACUGCAUAGGACACAGAGGGAAAACACCUAAACCAGCAGAGAUGGCGGCCUCCUAUGUAACCCAUCUCCUCCUUUCUCUGGCUAUAUGUCUGACUGCAGAAGGUGCUGUGAACCCCGGCUUUGUGGUGAGACUCACACAGAAGGGACUGGAUUAUGCUCGACAGGAGGGCAUGAUCGUUCUGCAACAGCAACUCUCUAAGAUUCACCUUCCAGAUUUCUCCGGCUCGGCACAUACCCCCGUGGGAAAAGUCAAGUACAGUUUUGAGAGUAUGACUAUCCGAAAUUUCCAGUUACCCAGUUCACAGAUCAGUCUGGUCCCCAAUUUUGGUCUAAAGCUCUCAAUCUCAGGAGCCUUCAUCGAGAUUAGCGGAAAGUGGCAUGUCAAGGCACAUUUUAUGUAA